UGUACGGGAAAAAAAACAAAGUGCACUUAAUGUCACUGAAGCGACGCGUAAACUGCUCUUAUCUCAAACCGCAGACUGACACCAGCCUAUCCCUUUUCUUGGUGACGUCGCUCUUCGCUCGACGUUAGCCGCAUCGUGCAUUGAUUAACUUUGUCUGGUUCGUGAAAGUAAACAGGAAGUAGAUUAUAUUUAACCUCCAGGCUCCAGCGGACUGCCAACUAGCAGUAGUUGUAGAAGAAAGUGUAGCAUUUCUAACAAUGUCACGGUUGCUAUUGCCAAACAGUUUGUGUGCCAAAUGUAGAUAUUGUACUCCGCUAACAGCGCGUGCGUCUGGUUUGUUGACACUGCGAGCCGGAGCGCGAGUCAACAACAGGGCGACAGAUAAGCGGAGUGUUUUUAUUCAGCAACAAAGGCGGUUUGUCGGAGGGUCAAGUUCAGCCUUUUUCAAAUCUCGGUCAAAGUCCAAGCUUUGGGUCUGUGGGGUUGGUGCGGGAAUAGCUUUGGCUUUAGGGCUGAAAUAUCACUUUGACACAGCAAGCACCUCGUGCGACGAUAAAGCAACAGAUGCACUGAGGAGCGCGCGAUACAAUGUGGCCAUCAAAGUGAGCAGAGACCUGGUGCGGCGGAUAAAGGUAGGCUCAGAGGAUGAGGUCGGGGCCCCAGGGUUGGUGGUUGGGGUGUCUGUGGAUGGCAGUCAAGUCUGGUGUGAAGGGCUUGGUUAUGCUGAUUUGGAGAAUCGCGUACCAUGCAGCCCCGAGACAGUGAUGCGAAUCGCCAGCAUCAGUAAGCCCCUCACAUCUGCAGCUGCUGCACGACUGUGUGAAGAGGGAAAACUGGACCUUGACGUCCCAGUCCAGAAAUACGUCCCCGAGUUUCCCCAGAAACAGUUUGAUGGAGAAGAUGUUAUGAUAACUACCCGUAUGGUUCUGUCUCACCUAAGUGGUAUACGGCAUUAUGAGAAAGACGCAAAGAAAGUGAGGGAGGACAGGGAGAAAUCCAAGCAACCUUUGAGGCCACCAGUCAAAGAGGAAAAGAGCUUAACUGAAAAUAAAGAUAAACUCAUAACAGAAAACAGCACCAAAGACAAAGAGGCCAAUCAGGCUCAGAAGAAAAAAGAGUUUGAACACGAGGAGUACUACCUGAAAGACAACUUUGACAGUGUCAUUCAUGCCCUGGACCUAUUCAAGGACGACCCGCUCAUUUUCAAACCUGGUACCACUUUCCUAUACUCCACGCAUGCCUUCACCCUCCUCAGUGCCGUUAUGGAACGAGCUUCCGGUCAGCGCUUCCUGGAUCACAUGAUGAGCAUGUUCCGUGAGCUGGGAAUGCGCAACACUGUGCCAGACGAGAACGAUCCUAUAAUCUACCACCGCUCAAGAUUUUACCAUGUUAACAAGAAAGGACGGGUUGUGAACUGCCCAUAUGUAGACAACUCCUACAAAUGGGCUGGAGGUGGCUUUCUGUCCACUGUGGGAGACCUGCUGCUGUUCGGUAAUGCCCUGCUCUAUAGCUACCAGAUGGCCCACGUGAAGGACACCAGAGGUUUGCUGCCUGGCUUCCUCAAACCCAAAACUGCCCUGGACAUGUGGGCCCCAGUGGAGAGGACAGAGGCCAGCUGGGAUAAGGAUGGACUUUAUGCCCAAGGCUGGCUGGUAGUGGAGAAGCUGCAGAAGUAUGGCCAGUGCAGGAUUCGCAGGCACUACGUCUCCCACACAGGAGGUGCUGUGGGGGCUAGCAGUGUCCUCCUGGUGUUACCCAGCCAGGAGACAGUUGAGCGCCAAGGACAAAGCCCAGUCCUCCCACAGGGUGUAGUGGUCACCAUCAUCACUAACAUGCAGUCUGUGGGACUGAACAGCACGGCGUUGAAAAUCGCCCAUGAGUUUGACAAGGCCAGAGGUUUAUGAGAGUAAGUUGUUUAUGGAAAUGUGUAGGUUUACACUGCGGUGCUAAAUAAUGCAACCACUAAUGUAUUUUGAUACUAGUUUUACAUGUGUUUGAACAAAGUGUUUAGAAAGAUAAUAAAUCUUGAAACAUGGAAAUUUACAUUCUAUUAGUUUUGCAUUCAGAUAAGCACAAAUUACUCUCCAGCCCGAUACUUGGCUUAACCAUCAGAAAAGUCUUACCACCACUAGGUGGAAGCAAUACACUAUUUCUAAUUCUAAAAGAAGCCAGUGGACCUAUGAGAUCCAUUUGUAUACAUCCAGAAAUACAGAUGUGCAUGUAGCUCUCCCUUAAAUGGUAACAAAACAACCUGGUAUGUUUAAUGUGUGCAUUUAUAAUUUGAGAAAAAUGAAACUUUUGUUGUCCUACACUAAAGUAUCUAGUGCUAAUUAAAACAUUGUGUUGUGGCACCUCUGAUUCCACAUCCAUGAAUGGCCAGUUAAUGAUCUCUACUCACAACAACAUAUUAGAUAUCUGUUGUAGGCUCCAAAUAUAACUUAUGUACAAAAGCCAAAGAUUUUUAUAUUUAGACCAGAAACCAUCUUGACUUAAAGUCUUUGAAUCUCACUCAAAAAGGAAAUAAUUCUGAUUUUGAUGCUCAGAAAGUGCAUAAUAAUCAUAGUGCAUAAUAAUUUGAAGGAGUGCUAAAAUGUCAGUUAUCCAAAUUCAGUUAUUAAGAAUUUAAGUGGGCAGACAAAUGAAAGACAAAUGAAACUUUGGAAAGUCCCAUGAAUUUUAAUUCCCCUCCUGAGUUGACUGAAUUGAAGCUGAUUUAAUGUCCUCAGUCUUGAUUAUAAAACCACUGGGGUUUCCUGUGCCCCUAUUUUUAGAUGUAAGGGGACAGGUGAUUGGCCUUGGAUAAACUAAUUAGAAAAUCUGUCACUUGGGUGUGUAUGUGUGCAUGGUUUCCACCCAUAAUCACAAUGAAAUCACUCAGUAAGGAUAAUUGCAUAUAUUUACAUGUAAUUAAAUAAUCACAAAAUAUUUAUAAAUUACAGUAGGCUUACAUUCAUUCAGUGACGCAUAGCAUUUCAGUAUUGAGCAACACGAGUUAAAAAUAGCAUCUCAAAGUUAACCUUUUUUACAUAGCCCAACUAUGCUUUGUAAACGCAUUGCAGGCUACAAUGCAUAUAGGUUGAAAUGUGACUGUCCUUAUGUAACAACAGUGCUAAAUUCAUAGCCAUGUUAAAAAGACUGUGUUACAUACUGUUCAUUUCCCACUCACCCCCUUUUUUCAUACCCUGUGUGUGUGUGUGUGUGUGUGUGUGUGUCUGUGUGUGUGUGUGUGUGUGUGUGUG